GAAAACAGAUUGGCGUUUGUGAUCUGCCCCGACCUGCCCGAACGGAGGAACCAUGAGUCGGAGGUUGGUCCAGUCUACGCUGUUUGGGUACAAAUCACCGGAAGUUGAUUCCAAGGGUCAACAGAAGAUCACCGAAUUGGAUGGCGAGGAUAGUGAUGGUGAUGAUGAGGAUUUCUGUGGGAGUCAAGGCAAGGUGAAUGGGAGAAAGCGGAAAGGGAAAGUGACUCCUCAAAAGCGAGCUCCAAAAAAGCCAAAAGAGACAAAGUCACCAGCAAACUCUAAGCCAAAGAAGAAUGGCGCCAGUAAUGGAAAGAUUUCAAAUAAUCAGAUGAAGAGUGAGGAUGCAUCACCUCCAAUUCCAAAUUUGAGGUUGGAAGCAAAGUUGACAGCUGAGGAAAAUUCAAGGAUGUAUGCAGGAAGAGAAAUACAUCCUUUCUUCUCAUCUCUGAAAGUAGGAAAGAGAAACCAGGAGGCAGCUGAAGUGGCAACUAAUUGUUGCUCGUUUGAGCAAAGAGAUAAAAACAUUAGUAUUGGUCCUAUUCAUGUAUUUGAAAGGAUGCAGGAUGAGGUUGUAGUUCUUGAUUGGAAAAACUGGAAAUUUUGUGAGAAAAGUUCUAUUGAUAUGAAUUGCAGCCUUGGAGACAUGUCAACAUCAGUUUUUGAAAGUUGUGUUGAGGCAUCACAUUUCAGUCUUUCACAUCACUCUGAUGCAUCAAUUGAUCAAAACAAGAUACCGGAUCAAUUCGUUAUUGAAGAUGACUUGUACAGGACAUUGCCGGCAAUCCCUGGUGCAUUGAGAGAUGAGGAUAUGGCAAGUUGUCAGCAUAUUAAGGACUCAGAAGGGGAUUGUCAAGUAGAUGAAAUUGUUUUCAUUUCUGGGCAUGCUUAUAGUGAGCAUAAAUCAGAUUCUGAACAGCAGAGUAGGGUUCUUCCAAAAAGUAAUCAGCCAGAUGAUACCUUAUGGACAGUAAAAUACCAGCCUAGAAGGGCCAGCGAGGUUUGUGGUAAUAAUGAAGCAGUGAAGUUUCUGAGUGACUGGUUACGUCUUUGGCAUGAGAGGGAUGUUCAGUCCAUCAAAGAUUCCUCUAAAGUUGACAAAUGCAACAUGCAAGAUGAUGAUGACGAUUAUGAAUGUUGCCAAUAUGACUCUGAUUCAGCAAAUAUAAAUGGAGAGGAUAGCCUGAAGAAUGUUCUCUUGGUUACAGGGCCUGUUGGGUGUGGGAAGUCUGCAGCUAUCCAUGCUUGUGCAAAGGAGCAAGGAUUUGAAGUUCUAGAGUCCAAUGCAUCAGACUGUCGAAAUGGAGCUGUUCUGAAGCAACAGUUUGGAGAGGCUCUGGGGUCACACUGCCUUACAAGGUCACUGGAAGGCCAUGUCACUUUGCAUAGCAAGCAUAUCAUGAAAUCAAGUGGAGCUUUGCCUAAUGCUGAAGCAAGACAACAGUUUGACUCUGAUCUGAUGGAAAUAAUACCAAUAUCAGAUGAAGUUUCACAUGAUUCUGUUGGAACAUCUGGAAACCAUGACUGCAAUGACAGUGAGAUUGCUUCUGCCCGAACUAAAGUUAAAUCCUUGAUUCUGUUCGAGGAUGUUGAUAUCAUUUUUCCUGAAGAUCGUGGUUUUGUUGGUGCUAUAAAGCAAAUUGCUGAAAAUGCAAAAGGACCGGUCAUCUUAACUAGCAAUAAUAACAAUCCUGACCUGCCAAACAAUUUGGACAGGCUAGAGUUAUGUUUUACAAUGCCUUCUCUAGAAGAGUUGCUUCCUCAGCUCUACAAGGUUUGUGCAGCAGAGAAGACCAACAUUCAACCUGAUCUAAUUGAGCAACUGACUAAAUAUUGUCAAGGGGAUAUCCGUAAAACUAUUAUGCAUCUCCAGUUUUGGUUCCAGAGUAAAAGAUAUAGAAAAGGUAGGGAAAAACAGAAUAUGUUUGGUCCGCUGCUAUUCAAUAUAGAAGCUGUGCAUUGGUCACUACCAAAUUUUCUCCCCUGGGAUUUCCCAUCUCAGUUAUCAGAGGUAGUGGAGAAGGAGAUCAGUAGGUCAUUAUUCAUGAUGGAAGAAAAUCCAACCUUAAUUGAGGCAAUUAAGGAAAGAGGUGGUACUAACAAAAGGCGCAAUGGUUUGGAAAUCAAUGACAACAAAAUAGACAGUUUAGAGGCCAAGAAGGAAGCAAUGUUAAGAAGGAAUUUCUCACUUCCUGAUUUAAAUGAAACCAUAAACCCCUCCGAUACUGCUUGUGAGUUCUCUAAUUCCUCAGGCACCUUUGACUUGGAUUCUUUCACCCCUCAGAAGUGUAGGAGAAAACUUGAUGUGGUAGUGUCUUCAGAUUCUGAAGAUGAGUGCUUCAAUAAAGGAUCAUCUGACAAGAAUAGACAGGGUGAUAUAUUCCUUGAAAAAGAUAGAGAACUUCUGUCUCAGUGUCCAACCAUGCAGAAUUGCAUGAACCCAUUAACUGAUGAGCUGCUUUGUUCUGAAGCAGAGAAAUUUGACAACCGAAGUUACCAAUGUGCACAAACAGAAAACGGUUUGUGCAUGGAUACAUACAUAUCUGUUGAUAUAUCAUGUGUGCCAGAAUCAACUUUUGUUCCUGAGACUGAAAUUGAUGACGGAAUGGAGCUCUUAUCUAGAACCAUGUCCUGUGUAAAUGUUGCAGAAGUUACAGAAGUGUCUGUGAGCAAUGAAUUCAAACGUAGAUUAGUUAAAUGUUCAGAGAUGUUAGGAAGUACUUGCGAGAUUAUUGAAGAAUCAUCUCAGGAAGAGAGUGAAGAUUCUAAAAGCCAAGUGGUUGUAUCAAGGCAUGAAGUGAUGGAUGAGUGUAGUCGCAUGGAUUUUAGUCAGGGAUCCAAUAUCAUGGAGAGUUUUAAGAACCAGGUGGCAGCUGAUUUAGUACAAGAAUCAUGGAAAAAGCUUCGAAAUGGGCAUGCUGCUCUAAAACAAUUUGUUGCCUCAGAGCUGACAGAUGCUUUUAAGAUAGCGAAACUUGCUCACAGUAUGAGCGACCUAAUUUCACAAGCUGACCAAUUGGUUUCUAAGUCCCAAAAGCUGGAUUCCUUUGAACUAUCAAUCAUCUGUUCUGAGCUCUCAGAUGAAAUUAGCUGGUCUGGUGAGCAGCCACACAUGGUUGACAAAAUUUUGCAGGAUGGAUUCUGCUACUAUUCUAAAGUUAUUGAUGCUACAGGAUUAAAAACUGGUUCUCAGAAAAGUCUAAAUUCAGCAGAGGAGAUGCUUCCUUCCACAACCAGUUUGAUGGAGCUAUGUAGAUUACUUGGGCAGGAUGCAAAAGCAAGAAGUAGUUCAAUUGCUGGAAGCAGUUUAGGCAUCUGCCCAUCAAGAAGGGAGUUAUCAGUUGAGAGGGAGAGGAAGUCAUGUCUUUUUGAUGCCAUUAAGUCGGUUGUUCCGUCAAGAUCAUACUUGGCUCUGAAAGGCAACACAUUCCAUGAAUAUCUUUCUUCGUUGGGAUGCAUAUCAAGAUUAGAAGCUUCACGCUUAUCGGCAAGCAUUAAAGUGACAAAAAGACACAGGGCGCGUGGUGCUCGACAUUACUUGAGUAGCGGUGCACUCAUGUUAUCUCCUGAAGAUAUCACUUUGCUAGAUCAAUAUAAGUUUGGGAAAAAUUUUCCAUCCUCGAUAACAGACACUAGGUUCAGAGAUCAGAGGAAAUAGUAUGAUUGUGGAAUCUAACUGAGUAGACAUGGUAAGAAUUGCAGCUUAUAUUAUACAAUGUUGGUUCAAGACGGUUGCUACCUACGAAAAAAUAAAAGACACGGGCUGGAAAUGUUAACAUUUGCUGGAAUUGGGGUUUGAGGAGCAACCGUUGUUUGUGGACCAACAUCUUUCGAUGCUAACAGUAACAUAAUAAAAUAUGUAAGUAAUUCCUACAUUUAACCUUUUCUCAGUUGUAAUUCCAUUCAUCUUGCCUCAUUGUAUAGUUAACGGUAACUCAAUAGGAGUAAAUUUAUAUAUUGCUG